GUUUCACUUGCCGCAUGUGGGAAAUACCGACAUGAACGGAGAAGAGGAACUGAGCGCUAUUUGGCGGGGCUGGUGCUGUGUCUAUGAGAGACAGGAUGGUUGGGAUACGGAGAGGAUUGUAUUACAGCAGGAUUGGAUCAGAGCAUAAUUCCCCAUUGACGGCUUAUUUUUGUAGUUGAACGACUGCUGCAAACUUGCCUUAAUGUUAUGUCAGUAUUGGCUAACUAAACGUGCAGGCAAAUCCACUUGUCGCUUAGGUGUGCUGCUUUUCUGCGCCACUUAUUCGUAUAGUUCAUUUAUAGCACGUCGGCCGCUGCGGGGAAGCCGAUUGAAAGGAAGCGAAGUGCUGGCGGAUGUGCGCGUGUUGUGGCUUCGUGAACGGGACAAUGCUGCUGUCACUCUGGUUCCUGCCUGCAUCUGGACAUUAGGAGAGCAAGAUGUCUGGAAGAUUGUGGUGCAAAGCCACUUUUGCUGGCUACAAGCGGGGCCUUCGAAAUCAGACGGAGCACACGGCUCUUCUUAAAAUUGAAGGAGUCUAUGCUCGAGAUGAAACCGAAUUCUAUUUUGGAAAAAGAUGUGCCUACGUGUACAAAGCAAAAAAUAACACAGUGACUCCUGGUGGAAAGCCCAACCGAACUCGUGUGAUCUGGGGAAAGGUGACCCGAGCUCAUGGAAACAGUGGCAUGGUCCGUGCUAAGUUCCGCUCUAACCUCCCAGCUAAAGCCAUUGGGCACAGAAUCCGUGUGAUGCUUUACCCAUCAAGGAUCUAAAUGUAAAA